AUGGGCCUUACAUUCAACUGGAUCAUAGUGCGCUCACUUCUCGCAGAGGGACUAUGCACAGCGCUCUUUGCAUUUGCUGUGUACUCUGUAGUAACAGGUGUAAAUAUAACUCCCUGUGCUGAUGGAGUGGCCAACAUUGCUGUAACCUUAACAAUUGCUUUGUCAAGUGUUGCCAUUAUAUAUUCAUUUAUGGAUGUUACUAUAGCACAUUUUAAUCCUGCAAUUACCCUUGCAGCCAUAGUUACGGGAAAGCUUCCCAUCUGGAUGGGGCUUGCUUACAUAGUCAUGCAGGCAUGCGGUGCCAUGCUCGCAUCAGCUGCCAUGCUGCUCACCAAGCCUGGUGCAUCAUCUAUACUGCUUGGGUAUACGCGGUCAACGAUUGGCGGGUCUGCCAGUAUAGGAAAUGCAAUUCUCACAGAGAUAAUUCUUACUGGUAUUCUUACAUACGUUGCAUUCUCUGUCGCCAUCAAUGUUUUCAAUCCUCCUACACAGGUAAAGAUUGAAGUGCCUGAUGAGGUUGAGGACAAUGACAAACUGCGUGUAAUUACAUCACAGGCCCCAAACAGAUCUGCGUUUGCGCCCAUUGCAAUUGGAUUUACCUUGGGAUUCUUAUCUCUUCUUGGUCUUGGGUCAAGUGGUGGUGUAUUCAAUCCGGCAAUAACUUUGCCUGGAACACUGUUUUCAGGCGUGUGGACUGAUGUAUGGGUCUACUGGGUAGGCCAAUUUGUAGGAGGAAUAGCAGGCGCACUUCUGCAGGUGCUGAUAUUUGCUAAGACUAUAUAA